GCUAGAAAUAAGCAACUUCAACUGGUACAAUACAAUAAAAUAUAAGAAUCCGCCCACCAUGAACGACUGGCGAUCCGAAUAUCUCUCCUCCCUGCAGGAGGCAGAGCGCAGUAACCCCGUCAACAAGGACCUCGUCCAGGCUUGCUCUCAACUUGCCGACCGCGUAGCCGCGCUCGAAGCCGAGAAGGCGGUCUGGCAGACGUCGACGGCGACGAACCCGCCGGCGUCGCUGUCGUCGGGCAAAACAGCCGGCAUUACGACAGAUCAUAACAAUACCGCUGCCGCCGCCGAUCCGAGCGUCGUAGCCCAGCUAAAACUGGACCUGGCCGAGGCGCUCCGGUCCAAGGGCCAGCUGCAGAGCCGGCUCAAGGCCGCCGAGGACGAGCUCCGGGGCCUGCGGGCCAAGACGAAAGUCGACGCUAAGCGCAUCGGCGAUCUGGCCGCCGAGCGCAACGCCCUCUCGGCGAAGCUCAAGGACCGCAACGAGGAGCUGGCUGGGAAGAACAAGAUGCUUAAGGACAUCCAGGAUGAGAACCUGACGCUGAACAUACAGCUGGACGUCACCGAGCAGAAAGCAGCCAAGAUCGCGGCUGAUAACAAGGAUCUAAUUAAGAGGUGGAUGGAUCGGAUGAAGCACGAGGCGGACGCCAUGAACCAGGAAAACGAAUCACCGAGCACACUGAGUCGGAGGUAAAAAAAAAAAAAAAGAAUAAAAUUCGACAUGCCGAUCAUCUCAUGAAUGUCAUCGCGCUUUUUUAUUGUAUUGAUGUGUUCUAUUUUAUAUAAACCU